AUGCGUGCUCUGAUGCUACAAGCUCUGGAUUUUGGAAUGUUGAACGGUGACUACGCAUUCUUAACCGUCAACUUGUUACCUUCUGCUGCCAUUGGAAAUAACACGUUUAUGGGAAAUGACGGACGCGACGCUGAGGCGGCGUUAGCGUUUCGUGGAAUACUGAGCAUCCACGUGCGUGAGCCCACCACGACCCUGUGGCAGUCAUUUAAAGAAGAAGUCAGGGAAAAAAUGAACGCUUUUCCGUUUUACAUAAAACUAGAUGACAGUGAACAGGUAAUGCAGCACUCCUUCCUUUGAUAUCGCUUACUUUCAUUACAAAAAUGUAUGUGAAGUAAGAGAGAUGGGAUUGUCAUGUUGCGAGCAUGCGCAAUAGGCUAUUUCCGAGUAGCCUCAAGCCUCUGUUUCAGACCGAGGCUGAGUGCGAAGCUAUUGAUUUGAAAAUAACUUUUUUUAUUUUCAUACAAAUAAAACUCAUCUAUAAUUAGUGAGAGAAAGUGAGAGUUUUUGGAACCCGGAAAUAGCCCACUGCACCCUAAAGACACAGAGCGGUCGCAAUGUUUGUUAAUCAAGAAAUUUGGGGGCAGUUUUCAGAAAUUUAUCCUAAUCAUUUUAAUUCGUUAUCAGGUUGAGGUGUACGCUGGAGCGAUUUACGAUGCUAUCUAUUUGUAUGCCAACGCUCUGAAUGAAACUCUUGCGGCAGGGGGCAGUAAAAAGGACGGCCGAGCAAUUGUACAGAGAAUGUUGAACAGAGAGUUUGAAGGUAAGGAAUGUUUUUUGCGCGUGUGAGAAGUUUGGUUACCUCGUCUCUUCUCCAUUCUCCGCACGGCUUCGCAGCUCCUGCGCCAAAGCUUCGCGCACGCUAACAAUCCCGACGGCUGCACAGGCUACAGUUAAUGAUAAUGCUUUGUUUAUGGUGAAAAUGUACUAGUCUCUCUAGGUUGUUUACUCCACUCAAAUCAACUGAAACCCUAAUACGUAAACCUAGCCCCCGAAAGCUUUCUUGGCUAGAACAGCUUGCGUUGCAGUUGGCCCACGUAUCGAGUAAACUCACUAUUGGUAUAGUGCGUCUUUAUACGGUAUACAGAGAGUCUGCUGCGCGACGCAUGCUAGGCUAGAGUGCUCUUUCUGACACUUGGGAGUCGAGAAAGGAGAAACAAGGGCGUUUUUCUGUAUCCGAGUCAAGAAGUUAGCUAUGACUGGAUCGGUCGUUUGUGUUCCUGUCCUGGGUCCCUGAUUACUGAGCUUACGCAAGAAGACGAAAGAAAGAAGGGGGUGAAGAGGAGGGUGUGAGACAAACGUGACAGGGUUAACUUGCGAGUUUUUGUCGUGAUCUUCACUUAGCCUUACUGUGUUCUGGUUUUCUACAAAAAGAUCUGUCUAAAGCAAGGUGAAGUUAUUGUCACGCUUGUCACGAACGUUUUCCCGUCUUCUUUUCAUCCGCCGUCCUUUUGCACAAGUUCACUUAUCAGGUGACUUAUAUCAGCAUCCUAAGGAUCGAGGACUUGAGUAUUGAGAAUUGAAAGCUCUGAACGUAAAAUCUGUUUGCUUUCACCUCAGGAGCCUCCGGUCUGGUUCGUAUGGACAGUUCUGGUGACAGAGAACCAGACUAUUCUCUUAAAUAUUACGUAAAUGGAAGUUUUCAAGGUAUUGCUGAUUACAAUUAUUCAACAGGAGGAUUCAAUCUUAGAGGUGAGCUUUAUUCUGUGGACAUUUUUCUCCUCAGUCCUCAGAGGCCUCUUUUUCUCGUCGGGAGNGGGCGUUUUUCUGUAUCCGAGUCAAGAAGUUAGCUAUGACUGGAUCGGUCGUUUGUGUUCCUGUCCUGGGUCCCUGAUUACUGAGCUUACGCAAGAAGACGAAAGAAAGAAGGGGGUGAAGAGGAGGGUGUGAGACAAACGUGACAGGGUUAACUUGCGAGUUUUUGUCGUGAUCUUCACUUAGCCUUACUGUGUUCUGGUUUUCUACAAAAAGAUCUGUCUAAAGCAAGGUGAAGUUAUUGUCACGCUUGUCACGAACGUUUUCCCGUCUUCUUUUCAUCCGCCGUCCUUUUGCACAAGUUCACUUAUCAGGUGACUUAUAUCAGCAUCCUAAGGAUCGAGGACUUGAGUAUUGAGAAUUGAAAGCUCUGAACGUAAAAUCUGUUUGCUUUCACCUCAGGAGCCUCCGGUCUGGUUCGUAUGGACAGUUCUGGUGACAGAGAACCAGACUAUUCUCUUAAAUAUUACGUAAAUGGAAGUUUUCAAGGUAUUGCUGAUUACAAUUAUUCAACAGGAGGAUUCAAUCUUAGAGGUGAGCUUUAUUCUGUGGACAUUUUUCUCCUCAGUCCUCAGAGGCCUCUUUUUCUCGUCGGGAGGCUGGAGAGAGGAAUAAAGAAAGCGAGCGGGGGACGAUGGGAAGGGGAUUUUUAUCGAAAUCCCCCGUGGGGCCCUCUGCGGAGGAGAGAGUGUGAGUAUUGAUUACUGAGGAAUUGUUCUAACGGUAAAACACGUCUUGCAUUUCAUCGGGUUUGAGAUGCUCUAAACAACUAAACAUAUUUUUUGGCAAUUUAAACUGCAAACGCCUCGAAUUCACACUGACGCUAAUUAGACAAUCGUACAUUUCGUAGCCUGCGUGGCGGACGCAAAAAGGGGCGAUAAAGGGAAAGAAAAAAGGCGAAGGGGAAAAUAAAGACGGAGGGUCCCUUCUGUUGUACCUUAUUGCUUGUCUUAGCUCAGCUCAGUCGUUUUAAUUAAUAACAUGAAUCAUUAUUGAACUUGCUGUGAUGACAAAUUUAAAUAUCUCCAGAUGUAAGGGUGAUUUGGGCCGGAGGUCGUACCACCCCUCCCUUGGAUAAACCAAAAUGCGGCUGGGAGAAUGAACUCUGUGUCGAGCAAGAAAAGAAAGGUGAGACUGACGAUAUAGCGAUAAACCGAGAAGGGAACUGGGUCGAGUAAGCUUUCGCAAAGACGUCUGGGGCAAAAGAACGACCAAUAGAGAGGGGAAGUGUGACGUCACGUUACCCUGGUACCAAAAUUUCUGGAAUCGCAACAAUAGGAAGCUUUGGCAACGACAACGGCGACGGCACCGAAAACGGCAAAAACAACUUCGCACGUGCAUCACUCUUUUUUUCACAUUUCUUUGCCAUCGUUGCACGACCGCGACAUGAAACUUUAUCAUUUCACGCGCCCGCUUUAUGGAGUGGGUGAACGAACCACAAAAAUUUUCUCUUUCUUUUCAGUAAACUUAGAUAAAGUCCUUUCGGGUUCAACCCCAGAAAAUUUCGCCAACAUUUGUCAAAUUAAAGUUUGAAACAGUUUGGGUUUGUUGUCAUCCAGAAAUUUUGCUACCAUGACAACGUGACGGAACGACUUCUCCUCUCUAUAGCUGAUCGGCGUGUCCCCAAUAACGAUCCCAGAAACAAUUGCGGGACACAUUUCGGCUCCAGUCCACUUCUCGUAUCAGUCGUUUCUAUAGUAACGAACUUGUUUUUUUUCAUUGCUUUUAAUAAACUUACAAUACGAUUUCAGAUUCCUGUGAUCGCCUGCCAGUGGUUGACAUAACUAUAGUCAUUUUGAUGAUGUUUACUGAUCAGUUGUUCCAUUUUUUCUAGCGGCCAGAUUUGUAAACGUUGUUAUAGGAGCUUCCACGGCUGGUGUUGUUGUGCUAGCGUUCAUGUUCUUUAUCAUCAUCAGGUAAUUCCUCUACCCUACUUACUGAACAGAGUAUUUACUCCUAUAGAAACCGAAGCGUUUUGUGUCUGCUUUUUUGAGCUUACUUAUUUACCAGCUGAACUGGGCAAAGACCUGCCCAAUGUGGAUGGGCACUAUCUUGACAAGGAGCCCUCCCACAACCCACAAUCAAUGGAAGAUAAAAAGUGUGUGUGUGGGUGGGUGGGCGUGGAUGGGGGGGGGGGGGGGGGGGGGGGGAACUUUUGCAACGAGUUGUUUUUUCACAUUCAAGUGGAAAGAAAAUCACCCCUUUGUACUGUUAUUUCGUGUUGUGGGGUGCGGGGACAAACAAGGCUAUGGGGGAGGGGGAGAGAAUCUGAAGAAAGCGCGGCCGCCAAGAGCAACAAAGGAGAAAGAAAAGGAGGGGUGGGGGGGGGGGGGGGGGGGGGGGGGGGGGGGGGGGGGGGGGGCGGGGGUGGGAAUCUUUGCAAGAGAUUGUUACUUCAAAUUCAAGUGGAAAAUCAAUCUCCCCGGGGAUCUCCCCUACUAUGCUUAUGUUAGUAUUAUUAGGGUGUGUUCGGGUCUUUUCAUCCAUGUGAACUUCAAGUUUCCCUUGUGUAAAUAUCAAAGAAAUGGCUUUGUUCUCACGAGGCGAAAAACAGGUACACAAUGCCUUUUACCAGUUUUCAAAGAAAAAUGUAAACUUGAAAUUUUGUUUCACUUCUUUUACAUUUCCCAGAAAGCUCCGAUAUGAGACAGACUUAGCCGAGAACAUGACGUGGAAGAUCAAAUAUGAAGAUCUGAGUAUCAAAGGACAAGAACAGCAGGAAGCAAAGCCCGUGGGAAUGCUGGCAAUUUUUAACAGAGCCACUGGAUCAGGACCUACCGGCCAUUCCAUGGUAGGGGGAACCACAUAAACAGCAUAACGUUGACAGACUGUAGGACUUUUAAAAAAUGUGUGCAAUAUAAAUGCCUGCGAAUUCACAGCAGAUUUUUUAGCAACAGUUGAAUUCAGAUUAGGGAUUAUCACAGGGAGGAGGAUCUCCGUUACCUAAGCUAUAAACGGAUGUGCAAUGCCAAAGGGUGUGGUUUUCGACUUCUUUUGGUUCCAAAUUGGGUGUGUAUUUUGCCUGAAAUAGGGUUCGGUUUUGUGCCCUUUUGAGCCACGUUCUGGAAUAGCGUAAUUUUUUAUUAUUUAUCUCUUAGUGAGAACAGCAACCCUGCAGGUCUGAAAUAGCGUCAAGGAAAAUUACAUAUUUAGGUGUGAAAUAGGGUGAAGUUUUCAGAAGGCAUGCCGCACAUUCCACAGGAAUUUCCAAGGAGUUCCACCCAGGGGAGGGUUACUGUGUGGUAUGUCUGAAAGUUUUGUGGGAUCUGCUUAUCGCGAUUUUCACGAUAUUCCCAACCAUUCGCGAAAAUUAGAAAUAUCAUAUCCCGCGGAAAUUUACUGUUGUCGAAAAAAGGUGGAAGAUAGAUAAAAAUCUCCAAGAAGAUUCAGCCAACUUAGAUUUUGCAAACAGUCACUUUAAUGGAAAAUGUUAUGAGGAUCUUAUAAUUACAUUUUUAUAGACGGUUAGUCCAUCGAACACACAGCAAGGUCAGAUAGUACGUCAGAGUGAAGCCAACAGUUCGACACAAUCCCAACCUGAUGACAGCACACGGCAAGUUUACACUGUUAUUGGAGAUUAUCAGGUUAGUGGUGAGCAGUUCACACAUAAGACACGAAUCAUUGAAAAGACUGGAGAGAUACUUGGAUAGAUGAAUCUGGAAAGGAUCUCGAGAAAGAGAUGAAGAAGAAAAGAGCUCGCUGCAUGUAAGAUAGUAUUUCAGUCUAAACUCAUCCCGACUGCCUGCAUCAUUUGCAGUUGUUGUUAUUUGCCUUUGUCUUCAUGAGUCCCCGUUGAUUUGAGGGUCUUGAUUCCUUGCGCGCCAUAAAACAACCGUGUAACCUCGCAACCUCGUACCUGGAUCUCUCCUCUUCAGAUCCUUUGGAGUGCGCAACGGGCUGGGUACGAGGUUGGUGCCCUCUGUCUUGAAAGCUUGUAAGACAAGCCUACUUACAGCCUUUGCAAUGGCCUGUAUGCCUUCUGUUUUGUUCCUCGGUGUUUCACCUUCUUAUCCUUUAAUUUCAGGGGCAACCAGUGGCUGUUGAACGUCUCAGAAAACGCAGUGUCCAACUGACGAGAGAUGUUCUCAUUGAGUUAAAACAGGUAACUAUUUCCUUUCGUCAUUGACACCAGCUUCGUUUCCAGGGUAUCUUCAGGGAAUAGUUGUGCGAAAGAACCCUGGGGACGAGAUUGUCUACGCUGCCCAAGCCACGUUCUAAAUAAGGCGCCUGAAAUCAUCCAGAUGCGCAGAGUGUCGAAGAAAGCUAACCUAUCCCACAAAACCACGUGCUCUCCAGUGGUGGAACAAAGAGAAGAGACAGUUUCGAAGCCAUGUUUGUCUUGACUCAAAGAGUAAAAUUAUAUCGCAAGUCAGAAGGUCACCAGUUGGUUUCUUCCCACCGUCUCCCCUCCCCUCUCUCCCUCCGUCCUUCCAGUUCCUAUUUCCUUUUUUCCUAUUUUUUAAUUUGUUGAUCAUUUUACUUCCUCUCCGUUCAUUUUGUGAAGGUGCGAGACUUGAGCCACGAGAACCUAAAUCCGUUCAUCGGUGCCUGUAUCGAAUCACCG